UCCCUCAGAGCUGCGACCAUGGCAGGUGGCAACGCUCCGGGCUUCCUGCCAUCCUUCGAGCACUUCGCCACCCAUGCCAUCCACUUCGGGCAGGAGCCCGAGCAGUGGAAUUCCAAAGCCGUGGUGCCGCCCAUCACUCUCUCCACCACCUUCAAGCAGCAAGUGCCCGGGAAGGACGAGGAGUAUAAAUACAUCCGUUUCGGGAAUCCGAACCGGCAUGUCCUGGAAACGGUUAUGACCGUCAUGAUCACUCAAUCUGCAACAAUCUAUAAACUUGGGCUGUCUUCCCACCCACAGUACAAGGUGGUGAAGAAGCAGUGCACGGGCGUUUCUGGGAUGGUCAGCUUCCACAUCAGUGGGAAAAAAGAAAAUGCCAUUGCCUUUCUCAAGAACUUGAAGUCCUUUGGGUACACCAUGACCCACGGCCAGAUGGAUGCUAAGACCAAGGAAGAGCUGAAAAUCACAGACACCUUGAUCCGCCUCUCGGUGGGGCUGGAGGAUGCGACGGAUUUGGUCCAAGACUUAAAACAGGCCCUGAAGGCUGCGUUUGAAUAA